CAUUUAUAAUUUUCUCAUUUCCAUAUGAAGUUAGGAUAGCCACAAAAAUCGUGGCAGACGCUGAAUUCAUCUCCUACCUCAGAAUCAAUCUCUUAUGUUCGAAAUUCUUCCAUGGUAGCAUCUCUCUUCCCUCUCUCAAUUCUCAUUCAAUUUAUUUUUCUCUAGUACUAGUACCAUUCUUUAGCUUCGUGUUCGCAGUUAAUGCAUGGAAAGUGUUUGUAUAAUUGCCAAGCAGAACAAAUAAAGCAUAUCAAUUUUUGUAUUGUAACUACAUCAUUAUUACAUUACAUAACCCUUCAAUUCAAGUUCAACCAUGACCACACUACUGAAUACAGUGUCUGCAACUUCAAAUUUAACCUUAAAGUCAAAAAGAAACAGUUGCAGUUUCUUAACUACCCAUGUUCAAAAUCUUAACUAUGGCAGUUUCCCUUUCAAGAAAAAUUGUUUUUCAAGAGUUUUGGCUUCGGAGGCCCAUAUGACAAUUCCCUCAAAAGAUAAUGUUUUUACCCUGCAAAAUUGGAGAGAAGGGAAGAAAGACUAUAAGAGCAUGGAAGGUAGAAUCAAUGAUGCGUUUCUUCAUUUAGAGCACAUGGUAGGUAGGGGUUAUAAACCUUAUGUAGCUCAAGCAACUCAGCUUUUGUAUGAUAUUUGUAAGUCUGGUAAAACUAGAAAAGCUGUUAGGCUUAUGGAGAUGAUGGUAACUUCGGGUAUUAUGCCUCAUCCUCGUACUUAUACGUAUUUGGUCAGUUAUUUGUGUAAAAGAGGUAGUGUUGGUUAUGCAAUGCAAUUGAUUGAAAAGAUGGAAGCAAGUGGUUAUCCAACUAAUAAUAUUACCUAUAAUACUUUGGUUAAAGGACUUUGUACGCAUCGGAAAUUGAAACAGAGUAUGCAGGUUUUAGAGAGGUUUGUCCCAGAUGUAGUUACAUAUUCUAUCUUGCUUGAAGCUGCUUGUAAGGAAAAGGGAGUACAUGAAGCCAUGAAGCUGCUAGAUGAGAUAAUUGCCAAGGGUGGUGAGCCUAAUUUGGUUAGCUACAAUGUGUUGUUGACUGGGUUGUGUAAGGAAGGUAGAACAGAAGAAGCUAUUAAGUUUUUUAAAGGAUUGCCUGAAAAAGGGUUUAAACCUUGUGUUGUAAGUCAUAACAUUUUGUUAAGAAGUUUGUGCUAUGAAGGGCGAUGGGAGGAAGCGUACGAGCUUUUAGCAGGGAUGGAAAGAGAGGGCCUGACUCUUUCUGCAGUUACUUACAACAUAUUGAUCACUUCUCUUUCUCUCAAUGGAAAAAUUGAUCAGGCUUUCCAAGUUUUGGAUGAAAUGACAAAGAGUGGUUUCAAGGUGAGUGCUAAUAGCUAUAAUCCAAUUAUUGCUCGUCUCUCCAAGGAAGGAAAGGUGGAUCUUGUUGUUGAGUGUCUAGACCAAAUGGUUAAUCGGCGUUAUCGUCUUAGUGCUGGAACGUACGAUGCUAUUGCCUUGCUUUGUGAGCGAGGGAAGGUGAAGGAGGCUUUCUCAAUAUUUGAGAACUUGGGUAAAAAACAAAACUACCCUAUUGGUGAUUUCUACCAAACUGUGAUUAUGUACUUGUGUAGGAAAGGGAAUACAUAUCCGGCCUUUCACAUAUUAUAUGAAAUGGUAAUGCAUGGAUUUACACCAAAUUCCUUUACUUACUCGUCUUUGAUAAGAGGAUUGUGUAAGGAGGGAAUGCUUGAUGAGGCUCUCGAGAUAUUUGAAAUUUUGGAAGACCAUGACUAUGUGCCUCAAGUUGACAACUAUAAUGCUCUUAUUCUUGGAUGCUGCAAAUCUAAGAGAAUAGACUCGUCAAUAGAGAUAUUUCAGAUGAUGGUCAACAAAGGAUGUAUGCCUAAUGAGAUAACAUAUACCAUUCUUGUUGAAGGGCUUGCUUUUGAAGAAGAAAUGGAUUUAGCAGCUACCCUAGUGAAAGAGUUACAUCUGAAAGGGGUUCUGAGUCAAAGUACCGUCGAAAGACUUUCUAUGCAAUACGACCUCAAGGAGUUAACAGGGUAGAGAGAGAGAGAUAUACAAUCAAAGUAUGUAUAACAAAAAAAUCAGAAAUUGGGCACAGGAGCAGAGGAUCUUGACACAGAGUCACUGAUUGUUGUGGAGUGUGUUCCAGUAGAGAGGUUGAAUUUGUUUUCUGUUGAUGUUGAUUAGACGGCUUACAUUCUGAGAUACAGUUAAAAUAUUAGUCGUCUGAUAUUAAUUGGACAGUUUGGAUUGCUUGACUGCUGAUUUUCUAACCGUAGGUUAUUCAAAUCCAUGUAUCUACCAACAUUGAGCUGUUGGUCAAUGGAUGUGAAUAACAAUUUGUAUUUCAUAUUAAAUCUAGGCGUAUUACACAGGCACAAGGUUUUGUUUAUAAACUUGUUAAAAUGACAUGCCUGCCAGGCAUGCAGAUUUUUCUUUGCUAAGUGGUGAUGAUGUUGGUUGAUUCAAA